AUGAAGUUCACUGGUGUUGCAACUCUUGCCUUUGUUGGCGCCGUCGCUGCUCAGAACUGGACUGCUCCCGCUGUUGGCGGCGGCGUUCCUGCUCAGAACUGGACUGCUCCCGCUGGAAACUCCAGCAUGGUCUGGACCACCGAAGUCGUCACCGAAUUGACCACCGUAUGCCCUGCCCCAACCGCCGGCGACUAUGUCACCACCAUCGGCAGCAGUGAAUACACCAUUUCCAAGGAAACCACCAUUACCGCUGCCUGCCCCUGCACCAUCUCUUCUGAGGUUCCUGCCAAGACCACGCCCGCCGGCGGUGUUGUUACCUCACCUGCUGGUGGCAAGCCGAACGGCACUGCUACCACCCCCAAGCCUAUCUAUUACACUGGUGCUGCUGCUCACGUCGGUGCUGGUAUGGGUUUCCUCGGUGCUGCUGCUGGUGCCGCUAUGCUUUUGUAA